AUGUCUUUCAACAUCAACAAGAAAAAGUUCUUGAGAACACUCUUUUCAUCUAACAAAAGUUGUGGUUGCCUCAAAAUAAAACCCUCUAAUGUCCUUGAACCCUCUAUAAAACCUAAAAUCUCAAUUUAUCAAAAUCAAAAUAAAAACCCUAGCAGCGCCACUUCUUCCGCCUCCACCACCAACGAUGAUGAUAAAGUUUUGGCUUUCAGUCCCGUCUGUGAAGCCAAAAUUUCUCAUCAUAACAACAAUACUAUUUUAAAAUUAGGUACGAAACUCGUCGAUAGUAUUGCGGUCGAGAAGGAGUCUGACGAUCCGUACGAUGAUUUCCGAAACUCGAUACUUCAAAUGAUAUUGGAAAGAAAGAUCUACGCAGAAAAGGAUCUUGAAGAGCUUCUUGAAUGCUUUCUUCAGCUUAACGCAAAGUGUCACCACCAAGUCAUCGUUGAAGCCUUCAUGGAGAUAUGUGAAGAAAUAUUCCCUAAGAAACUUCAAGGCGAAGGUGAAGAGUCUCAAAGGAAUAAUCAGAUUAAUGGAAAGAGUUAG